UAUAAUAGAAGAUUUUAAUGAGCAAACUCUAAAUGAAGAAUUAGUUACAACAGAAUAUAAUACUGAUGAUAUUAAUAUUGCCACAUACUUUGAAAAGUCUUUAUGGUAUAAUAAAGAAAUAAAUUACUAA